AUGCCUCGAUCCCUUGCGGACGUUGAAAAGUCGCUUGGCCAGGCGCUGGUGGGAUUUCCAGCGCGGUACGGCAAUAGAUACGAUGAUAAGGCUAGAAGGGAGCUUAUAGAGCUCCUCUUUCGCUGUCUUACGGGUUAUAACGAUGAGUUCCUACGAUUACUUUUCCCUGAAGGACCCGGAAAUAGCUGCUGGAACUUGUCGAAGGCCCAGGGCCUGGAGGCUGGAGCGGAAUACUCCGAGGCAGCUCGCGGCAAACGUUGCGGGCACACUUUCAAGUCCGGCGACGCGGCAUACCAUUGCAUUACCUGUUCAGUAGAUGAAACCUGCUGUCUGUGCAACCGAUGCUUUAACGCCUCUGAUCACACCGGGCAUAAAUAUGCGUUCUUCGUCUCGAGCGGUCACUCUGGAUGCUGUGACUGCGGGGACGAAGAAGCCUUCCGGAUACCGGUCAACUGUGCCAUCCACACUGCGCUUGAAACCGAUGACAAGAACAAGAAGAAUAAGGAUAAGAAGGAUGAGAAUCCAGUUCCUGAGAUGCUGGUUGCCUACAUUAGAAUGACCAUGGCCCGAGUGCUUGACUACUUCUGUGAUGUCAUAUCCUGCUCUCCGGAACAGCUACGGCUACCCAAGACAGAGGCCGGAAUCAGGCAGGACGAGGUUGUGUCCAGGCUGUCUGGGGACUGGUAUCAUGCCAGUGACCCUGAGGAAAGUGAGCCAGAGUUUGCUCUUGUGCUCUGGAAUGACGAGAAACACACCAUCAACGAGGUCACAAACCAGGUAGCCAGAGCGUGCCGAGAAAGGGAAAGAUUCGGGCUCCAAAAGGCAAAUGAAUCGGAUGAGAUUGGGCGUAGUGUGGUCAAAUACUCGAAGAAUCUCACACGGCUGCUUGAAGUCUCCAGGAUCAUAGAGCAGAUCCGAGUCACUGUGACUGUCCGAUCUGCCAGGGACACUUUCCGGGAGCAGAUGUGUGCCACUAUUAUUGACUGGCUCUCUGACAUAUCUGGUUGCAGUGUCGGCGAGGAUGGCUCGUUACUAAGGCUCAUGAUAUGUGAGCAGCUGCUUCAGCCGUGGCAUCCUGGAAGCGCUGCUUCAAAUGCCGGAAUUGGCAGCAAGGGAAUCGACGAUCAGAGUCUAGAUGAUGGUCGUAUUUAUCGUUCCGUCCAAAUUGCACAGGCUGAAAUGCUUGCCGCAGAAACAGUUGACUUGACUGACGCCGAGAUGGAAGAUACAGAAGACGGUGCUACUCGCGCCGCUGACGAUGAUGAUGACGAGGAUAUGGACGAUGCAGAGGUCGAUCAGGUGCAACUAGAUGUGCAUGUCCAGCAUGUUCUUGAAGAUGACCCAGAAAACCCCGAUGAGGACGAUCUUGACAUGGAGGCACAAGUAGACAAUGAAGCUGCAGAAUUUGGCCUUCCGCCGCAACCUCCGCCACCGCCUCCGCCGCCAGCGCAGCCUCCGCCGGGAGAUGGUGGUGACCCCUUGGUAAUCCUGCCAGUAACUGAUGACCCGCAGUUCUCCAGGAAGCCAGUAACUAUACCAAAGACUCCCGGAGUCAAGCAGAAGGCAACCUCUGCAUCAUUACCUCAUUGGGAGGAGAAACCUCGUCUAUUCCAUGAAAGGAGAAAUUUGCCACAUGAAGACCUACAACAACGGACACGGCUGGAUUGGCUCAUAUUGUAUGACUUGCGACUAUGGAAAAAGACACGCACUGAUGUUCGGGAGCUGUAUCUCGCAACCGUUGUCAAUGUCCCCGAGUUCAAGAGAGUCCUUGGCCUUCGAUUCUCCGCUCUCUAUACUGCUUUGGCCCAACUAUACCUCAUUGCAGACAGAGAGCCGGAUCAUUCUAUUAUCAAACUCUCGCUGCAGCUAUUUACGACCCCGUCUAUCACAAAGGAAGUUGUUGAGCGUGGAAAUUUCCUCACCAGCAUAAUGGCUAUUCUUUACACGUUCCUCACCACAAGACAAGUUGGUGAGCCUCACGAUGUUAGUCCUACAGCCACACUUGCAAUGGACUCAGGGUCAAUCACAAAUCGAAGACUUUAUCAUUUCUUCCUAGACCUACGCUAUAUCCUUGCCUCCGAGCACAUCCAGAGAUACCUAAGGACGGAGAAGCAGUACCUUUUGCAGUUUAUGGAUCUAGUGAAGCUUACACAGGGUAUCUGUCCUAAUGUUCGAGCAGUUGGCGAACAUUUGGAGUAUGAAACAGAUGCAUGGAUAGGAGCUUCCAUCCUCAUGAGAGAAGUGACAAGACUAUGCAGAAUAUUCUGUGAAGCUUUCCGUCCAAAUAAUCUUGCGGAGGGAGAGAACAACCUUGCGGAUGCAAUUGUUCAGUCCUCCCUGGCAACAAUGGUUAACUCAAUGGGUCUGGAAAGAAAACGGUUCGUCCAGGCCGAAAUAAAGGAGCCAGUGAGAUUUAAAACAGUGCCAUACCUUGAGUUUGAGAUUGAUGCGUUUAAUCAAUGUGGACGCCAUACUGUCGUCGACUUCGUCGUUGAGCGAGGAGCUCUGAGUUUCCACCAUGCCCUUCACUAUAUCCUUUCUUGGCUACUGGAGUGUGCCAGGAACAAGCCGAAGGAAUGGGUGCGAGAGCUUUUAGACCGGGCGGUCAUCUUGAUUAAAGACAAGUACCCUGUUACUCCAUCAAAUGCCCUCGAUCCAGAAGACGUCAUCCUAGCGAUGUUCGACUUCCCCAUAAGAGUAUGUGCCUGGCUUGCUCAGAUGAAGGCUGGAAUGUGGGUUAGGAACGGCAUGAGUCUCAGGCAUCAAAUGGGGCAGUAUCGUGCCGUGAUUUCACGGGAUGUUGCAUACUGUCGAGAUAUUUUCUUGAUCCAGGCCGCCAUGGCAAUCUGCGAUCCAAGCCGUGUUCUUGCAACCCUAUGUGAGAGAUACGGGAUACUGGAAUGGAUGAAAGGAGGAUGUGUGGAUCGGCCUGGCUAUGAUGAAGGCCAGCAUGUGGAUGUUGCUGAUGAAUUCAUGCAUCUGCUGAUUAUACUGAUAUCUGAGCGGACUUCGUUCUCAACUGGAGAAGACGACUCUGCGAUCCAGCACCAUGUCAUUAGAAGAGACAUCGCACACACUCUUUGCUUCAAGCCGUUGGCUUACACUGACCUUAGUGCCAGGAUAAGAGAUGAGGUCGUUGAGUCUAGAGAUUUCCAACAGAUUCUUGAUGAAGUCGCCACGUUUCGACCGCCAGAUGGGCUCAAUGACACUGGAACUUUUGAACUGAAGCCGCAAUACAUCGGCUUGGUAGAUCCCUACUCUACUCAAUACAGUAGAAACCAGCGGGAUGAAGCUGAGAAUAUAUUCAAACAAUGGAAAGCCAAGUCGACUGGAAAGAGUGUCCAGGAAUCCAUUUUUGAGCCUAAGCUCGAGCCAGUUCCUCCUGGAUUAUUUACUGGAUAUACUAAGUUUACUCGAACCCCCUUGUUUGCCCAGGUCAUACAUCAGUUCUUAGAGUACUGCCUUAUGUUCAAAAUAAGCACACCCACCAUCCAGUUGACGCGGAUUGAACCCUUCCUCCAGACGGUCCUCCAUUUAACUCUCCUUGCUGUCUUGGAGGAUCCUGAAGCAGACGAGGAGAACCCUGAGGCGGACAAACAAACAUUCACGUACCACGCACUCACGAGAGCUAAGUCAACACAACUUGGGGAUUUGACCAUCAUUGGGCUCUUUCAAAAGUUGUCAGAAGUCUCGACCUUUGAAUCCUGUGCGCCCAAAAUCCGACAUAUACUGAAGGGUCUUUGGAAGAAUAAUCCAAAAUUAUACUCUUCAACUUCAAAUGACCUUGUCUUCCCAUAUGGCAACAUAUAUCCGUCGUCUUCGACUCCUGUGUCAGACAAUGAGGCGGAGCAAAAGAAGAAACGGGCUCUCGAACGGCAGGCGAAGAUUAUGGCCCAAUUCCAGCAACAACGACAGGAUUUCUUGAAGAGCCAGGAAAACUUCGACUGGGGUGAAAAUGAACUUGAUGAGACUGAAGAGUCACCACGAUUCUCAGGAGAGGAGAUUCGCAAGUAUCCUUCUGGGAACUGUAUAUUAUGCCAGGAAGAUACCAACGAGUCGAAGCUCUACGGGACAUUUGCUCUUAUCACCGAGAGUUCUAUCUUCCGCGAGACCGAUUUGAAAGACCAGGAUUUCGUGAAAGAGGUCAUCACCACACCAUCAUCCCUUGAUAGGUCUGCUGAGUCCAUCCGCCCGUUUGGAGUCGCUAGCGAGAAUUUCGAGCGUGUUCGCCAGCUGGAUUCAAAGGGAGAGCUAAUAAUAUCAACAAAACAAGGAUUAGGGAAAGGAUUCCCGGCAGAGCUUCACAAACAAGGCCCAAUUUCCACAGGAUGUGGUCACAUUAUGCAUUACAAAUGUUUCGAGACAUAUUAUGCGGCCACAAGGCGACGACACAACCAGCAGGUAGCUCGGAAUCACCCAGAAAACCUUAGCCUAAACGAAUUCGUCUGUCCGCUCUGCAAAGCAUUAGGAAAUGCUUUUCUCCCCAUUAUAUGGAGAGGGCAGCAGAUGGCAUACCCCGGAGUAACCAGCCGAGAAACAAGCUUUCGCGAGUUUAUGUACGAUAAGCUAGACGGGAUGCUCAAAAUGUUUAGCAGAUACGCCCUGCCAAAGGAGACUGAAACGGACUUUGUUCCUGGGUAUGAAACAUUUUUCUCCGAGUACUUGUCAUUGACUUUGACACCAUCUCUCUCCCGCCAUGCGGAUGACUUUUUGUUGACUAAGACGGGAGGAUCCCGGGGGUUUACACCUCAGAAAAAUGUUGGCCAUCAUAUGGGGGAUUUUGGAGAUCACUCCGAUGAUCAGGUAUCCGAAGGAGACGAUAGGCCCGUUCAAACUCCACCAGAUGACCCCGCAGCUCUUCAGGCCCGUCGCGCGUUAAUUGCAGAAUUGCUUCGUCCGCCGAGAGCUUCAGAUGAUGAAGAAACGCCCGCCGAUGUUACUCCAUUUUCAGAGCUUGCUACCGUCUAUUUGAGACUCCGGGAAACAAUCCGAUUGAAUCGUAUACCUUCGCGCUAUGAAUACCCGUCUAGCCGUCUUCUCCCUUCAGAUUUAGUGUACCUUGACUCUCUGUUCAAAACAUUUGCCUAUUCAAUAGCCUCUGUUGAAAUUGCUCAGCGCGGCGUAGAAACCAACCCUGGAGAAACUCUGGUAGAUGGAAUAUCAGAGACUUCGUUGACACAUCUACGAAUUCUUUGUGAUACCGCUCUAGCGUACACCUCGUUGGGCCACUUGCACUUCCAUUUCCCUUUGAAGCCAGUCCAUGAAAUUCGGGACAUGCAUCGAAGAAAGAUCCUUCAGCUCUUCUUUGGCUCCCCCCAGCUCUCAAAUGCAGGAAUAUCCAAUCUUGCCCGCGAUUCUAUGGAUAUUGAGCCGCUUCUUUCCACUGAUACUUUUGUCUUCUUAGCCGAAAUCUCUCUCUGCAUGAACCCCGCUCUAGACAUGGAUAUUAUGAACUACGUUGAACUUUGCUACACUGCCGAGAUCGUCAAGGUGGUGCUGGCUUAUCUUCUUACACCCCAAGGGUUGAAGGCAAAUAUGGAUCAGCCUGCGGAAGAUCACACCACUCCCGCCGAAUACUCGGUAGUGAAGGAUUUUAUUAUGUGGGUUAUAUCUGCCUAUCGGUCCUGUGCCUCAUUUGUGGCGGAUCCAGCCCUGCAAGUGCUGCUAGAUGGGAUUGAUAGGAACUAUAUACCCAAAUACCGGCUCAGAGGCUGCUACGAAGUGGUCCCGAAGUACAUUCUUCCUUUCUUACGCAAAACAGUGAUACUACUUAACGUUAGGCAUGGCGUUGACUUCUCCGCUUGGGGCACGGAUCAUUCGGACAUGUCAGAGGCUGAUCGUCUCUGUGAGCUUCUACAGCUGCCAAAGAUACCCGUAAUAUUUGACAGGUUAUCCUCUGCCGAGGAUGGGAACCCACUGUCCGCGAUCGUAUGCGGGUGGAUGGAACACUUCUGUAUUUCGAAACAUGAGGCUAAAGCCGCUGGCACUCCACUACCACGCCUUUCUCUGAUGCAUCCAGCAAUCUUUGAGCUUGUUGGUCUUCCUUAUUACUUUGAUUCCUUGUUAGAAGAAGCCACCCAGCGAACUUGCAUGACCACUGGGAAGGAGUUAACCGAUGCUACCAUAUGCCUUUGCUGUGGUGAAAUUUUUUGCGCUCAAGCUAGCUGCUGCAUGGUAAAUACACGACUGGGCGGCUGUAACCGUCAUCUUGCAAAGUGCGGGAGGAAUGCUGGAAUAUUUAUAAACAUUCGCAAAUGCGCAGUGGUACUCUUACACAACGGCAAUGGAUGCUGGAGAUUUGCUCCUUACCUGGAUGUUCAUGGGGAAGUUGACCCUGGCUUCAGACACCGCAGACGGCUGAUGCUCAAUCAAAAGCGAUAUGACCGUCUUCUGCGAGAUAUGUGGUUGUCUCACAGUGUGCCUUCAGCUGUGAGUAGAAAGCUGGAGUCCGAGGUCAACAACGGAGGCUGGGAGACACUAUGA